UUUAGUCCUUUAAUUCCUCAAACCAGCCUCCACACGACGUCGUUCACCUCUUCACUUAAGUCCCACUUCAGUACCGCAUUCCUUCUGUUCGAAACUCCUUCACACUUCAGACUGACGCACUUUCUUCUUCUGCGAUCUAGGGUUCUGCCACCGGGGUCAUGACAGCUCCGCCCAACCCAUUCGGCUUCGGAUCCUCCAUUUCAUCUUCUUCUACCUCUUCGCCAGCUCCAUCCUUUUCGUUAUCCUUUCAUUCCGCCCCGGCCGUUUCGAGUCCCGCCGCCUCCUUGUUUGGCGCGCUAACUUCUUCGUCCACUGCAACCACUGCUUCAUCCAUGUUUGGGACAAUCUCCUCUGCGGCGAGCUCAGCCUCUCCCUUUUUCGGUUCGGCUACUUUGGGUUCGCCCUUUGGGACCGCUUCAUCUGCUGGUACUUCCGGCUCAUCCGCGACGGGCUCCGGUUCAUCCUUAUUAUUGGCAUCUCUGCCGGCCUCAACUACUAGUUCUUCCUUAUUUGGAACAGCUGCGUCGGCUCCCAAGUCCAGUUCCAGUUCUAUCCCGUUCGGAACAACGUUGGCGUCCACGACGCCCACUUCUGCUUCACCUCUGUUCGGAGCGACCUCCGCUUCUGGUUCAACACUUUUCGGAACAACAGUUCCAUCAGCGAGUCCAGGUUUAUCUCCCUUCGGAUCAUCUAUAUCCGCACCGAGUUCCACCCCAUCCAUAUUCGGAACAACAUCAUUCUCAUCAUCAUCAUCAUCUGCUGCCGCUUCUUUAUUUUCAACCUCAGCCUUGUUUUCUUCUUCUUCUUGGUCUUCGCCUUCGGCUUCAACGACUCCUGCAUUCUCAUUUGCUUCGAGCUCAGGUUCAAAUUCAACUACAGCUUCGCCUUUCUCGUCUUCAUCGGGGCUUCCUGGUUUUUCGUUUAGUAAACAAUCAACGCCUGCUUCUUCCUCACAAGCACAUUCGACAACUGUCGUGCCUCCUUUUGGUGUCUCUUCAAUUUCUGCAGCUGACACAACUUCCGGUGCCAGUACUGCUGCAACUCAGAAUGUGGCCUCCUCAAGUAGUGGUAAAUUAAUGACAAACAGGGAAAGAAAAUGUGGGGGAGAGGGCCAAGCUAGCAGUGAAGUUAGUGAGACGAGGAGGUCGAUACUAGUAGAGAGGGAGAUCAUUAUAGAUGACUUCCGCGAUUUUGUGUGGGAUGGACGGAGCCUCUUUUCUAUUAUCAACGAUCGAGGAUGGGCCUUGAUUUGUCAGCAGACUGGUGUGGCUUAUCCAAACAUGAUCAAUGAGUUUUAUCUGGCCAUGGGUCAGAUGGAGGCUAAUGAGGAGUCCUUUACGUUUACCAUUCGGGAAGUGAGUAUUACUAUCUCAGCAGACAUUAUUUCUAAUUUUCUUGGGAUCCCUCGCGAGAUUGGUGCAUACCCUGCACAACAAUCGGCUGCAGGGACAGAUGUUAGAGAUGCCAUCGAGGAUGAGGCUCUAGCAGAUGAUGGUCCCACAGAUGAUGAGAUUUGUCAAUUGAUGCAUGACGAUUCGGCUCCACCAUAUGAUGGCAGCAAGGUCAUCAGACAGGUAGAUUGUAUUGCAUUUUUUCGAAUGUUGAAUUUAAUUGUUUCCUAUAAUAUUGAUCCGAGGAAACACAAGACUGAUUUCGGUAUCGAACGAGCUCGAUUUAUGUUACGGAUAGCACGAGGAGAGCCGAUUGAUCUACCUUUAUAUAUCCUCCUCCGCAUCCGAUCUGAGUCACAGUAUUCGAGUGAAAGUAGUCUACCUUUUGCAUUGAUGAUCUCUAACCUCCUAGUCCAAUUGGGGGUUAAUGUGUUGAUAAAUGAUCGGAGGCAACCACAAAUUGGGCCCCUUAACAAGAUCACCUUCAUUAAGAGCGAUGGCCACUUGCGGAAGGCUCGAAUUAAUAUUCCAGCGGCAGGGGCUACUAUCAUGGAGAUACGAUCCUUGCUCGAGGACCAUCGCAUACUUUUGAUCCAGGAGAUGGAGAAGAUCACUGCGCCCAUUAUGGUUCGACUGCAAGAGAUUGAGGGACGCAUUUCUGUCAUGCAGGAGGACCUGGAUGAUCUUACCUAGUAGUUUUAUUUUUAUUUGACUUUUUGUAUGUAUCGAACGUUGUUGAUUUUAUUACUGUAUUGUUGUGUUUGUUAUAUAUAGCUAGUUUGUUUAUUAUCAAAAA